GCAUUUUCAUGAACACUUAUGCCGCCUCCACAACAUCUCCUGUCACCUAGACUCCGAGGCUUUGUGUGUAAAUCAUGUCUGUCCAAAUUACGGGCACCUCGACGACAGCAAUUACCAUGGGUAACACGAACAUAUGCCAGCGAUGAUAAACCGAAGAGACGAAAAGGAGCAUGGGAUUUGCCCCAUGGCACUGUCAGAUAUUUCGAGCAGACGCGAGAUGGUGUCCGCACGGAGCUUAAGGAUGAAGAAGACGACGAUGACGCCGAGUUCACAGAGUCUGUGAAAGAACAACUGAGGCAGCUAGAGGAAAGGACUGGGAAGACUAUGUACGAUUUGGACGAGCAGGAUCUACAGGAUAUACUACAUGGCACCCUAGCGAAUACACAAGAAGAAGAUCCUCUGAAGGGUUUCCCGGAUCCUGCCGAAAUCGAAAAGGACUUGACAGCAAUGGCAGCACAUAAUCAGGAUAUUCAAGCUCAGAUGGAUUUGAUCAAUUCAUUUGAUCUAGAAAAUCUAUCUGAAGAAGACCGUGUGCGGUUAAGAGAAGGAUUACUUGGAUCCGUGAAGAAAGACAAAAGUCCCCCAAUCCCCCAUCAACCGGAGAGCAGAGUGCCAGGAGGCAACAGAGGCUCUAACGAAACUAACUUUCCCGUUCUACCUAUCUCUUCAUUUCCUACGAGAAGCCAUACGUAUCUUCGGGGCCUUGAGAAGUGUGUUUACCAUACUGGUGCAGAAGGGUCAUCUUUCAAGAGACCUUUGCGUAGGCGGUCACGGCUUGAAUCUGCUCUUUCCGACGAUGCCAUCAGAACACGGAAGACUUGGAGAUCAUAUGCCAUGUGUCGCAGUGCUCUGGUAUCCUCUCCACAGCUAGUUCCUCUGAGAUUUUGGGCAGCCUUGUGGGAUAUACUUGGGCUGGAAGAUGUCCAUAACCUUGAUCGACUACUCCACCUUAAAACUCUAGGAGACGACAUGUUGAAAGCUGGAGUGCACAUGCGUCUAGAUCAACGACUGCUGUACAUUGAAGCUACCUUCAUUGUAGCCGACCAAGCCAGUGCCAUUCAAACGUGGGAGUUCAUGGGCCGGAAUUUGGCGGAGUCAAGCAGUCGUGGAAAGUAUUGGGAUCUUGGGACCCGAAUGUUCUGUCGCCACGGUUUGAUUGACCGUGCUAUCAGCUGUGCGGAGAAUAUCCUUGACCACACAAAAGAUCCUACCGAUUUCCGUUUAUUGCUUCCUAUAAUUGGGGCCGUUCUCAGGUCGGACGACAAGUCUUCUAUGCAACGCGCAUGGGCUUUGUACAUUCGUUUGAGGUUCAAUAUUGGAGCGAAAAUUACCAUGGAAGAUUACGACUCACUUAUCUCAAUGUUCAUGGAAGCCAAUCAUCGAGAGCAGGCAUUAUCGGUAUUCAAAGACAUGAUGCUCACUGGUGAUGCUAGAAGAGCGGAUCGAGAUUCUAUCAGUCGCUAUACGAACGGUGUGGGAAGGUCCGCUAUUCUAAGCUCCCUCAAGAUACUACCGUCGGAACUUGACUGGCAGGACUUUAAGGUCGUGGACAGACUUCCAGCACGUCUCAAUAACCGUGUAUUCUUCGCCAGCUGGAUGAAAAAGCUUAUUGGCGACGGAGAAAUUGAGUCUGCCGAAAAAGUUUUCCAUCUUAUGCAGGAUCAUGGAAUUCGCCCUAGCUCUAUUUCCACGAAUGGAUUGAUUGGUGCUUGGUACCGCAAAGGGAAUAUGAAGUAUCGCGAGAAGGCGGAUGCUCUUGCUUGGCAGAUGAUCAGAGAAAGACAGAACGUGGUUGCUUUGCGCGACCAGAAAUUAAGUACAGAAAGACUUCAACGCCCAAUUCGUCCAGUCAUUUCCGAAGACAAACCAGAUUCCAGACCCGUCAACCUGGUUUCAUAUGCAACUAUUGAAACAUUCGAAAUACUGCUCGAGCAGUAUAGGCAACGACAAAAGUACUCCCUUAUACCCAGCCUGUUCGAAGCUCUGACAGAGGCUCGGAUUAAGCCAAAUGUUGGUUUCAUGAAUCAGUUGCUUAUGACUGACAUGAAGGCGCAGUCGCCGUUGUGGGCUCUGAACACAUAUCGUUCCUUGACGGAUCCUACGAAAUCAGCCGGCAGCAUUGUGCGGCCCAAUUUCGAUACAUACCAGAUCUUAUGGGAAAUGAUGGCUCGUGACUCCGAUCCUGUAAGCGUUCGGAGUAAGAAUCCCUACAAAUUAGUCCAGCCUAGGACCAUGUUUAAAGAAAUGGUGUACCACUUGAAAUCACAAAAGGGUCCCAUUCCAAAUGACCUUUAUCAAACAAUGAUAUUGUGCUUCUGUUUGCACAAGGAUCAAGUUGGGACCGCUGUGGCUUUAAGAGCGUUACAAUUUUUCUUUGGCAACUUUCCAACAGAGGUCACAGCUCGAGCAGUCGUUCUCCAAAUCGCUCGUCAAGGCUUGAUGAACGAAGCUGGACUUUCAGCAAGUCGAAGACUAAACGUGAAAGCAGAGGUCACUCAACGAAGAAUUCACGUUGUUACACAAGCCCUUGCAUCUCUCAGGGAGCACAGGGUCGAAGUCUUGAGUGAACAAGGCAUCGACUUUGAAGGUCUCGAAGGAGACGUCAAGUUGGAAGAAACCUUGCUGCUAUUGUCCCAACUACUCAGAUACGGGUAUGAGCAUAAACCAGUCACGGGUGUUGAACUCGAAGCGGCUCCCGAAGCGUGUCGAAGAGCUGCUAAGCAGAUGGGGGUGCCAGAGUGUAAGCCGUGGGAGAGCGAGAGCGAUGUAUAAAUCAAGUGUACAAUAGUAACCUGAUCUCCUCAAAUUCAAAUUGGGUAU